GUUGGGCGGGGCCACCCGACUGCAGCUGCAGCACCGCCGCCCGCCCGCCCGUCGCCGCCGCCCGCGGGAGCCGGAGAAACUUUGCCGCAGAAGCCGGCUGCGCCCCCCUCCGCCGGGAUGAGCCUGCCGCGGGCGGGCGAGGAGUCGCCGCCGCCGGCCUGGCUGCCGAGCCACGUGCAGGUGGCGGUGGUGCAGGCGCGGGGGCUGCGGGCCAAGGGGGGCCCGGGCGACGCCGCCUUCGUGGCGCUGCAGCUGGGCCGGCAGAAGCACCGCACCGCCGUGGCCGCGCACCGGAGCGGCUGCCCGCGCUGGGCCGAGGAGUGCGCGCUGGAGCUGCCGCCGCCCGACCCGCGCCCGGCCCCGCCGCCCGGCCCGGACCCGCAGCUGCUGCAGCUGGUGGUCUGGCAGCGCGCGCUGGUGGGCCCCGACCGCUUCCUGGGCCGCGCCGCCCUCCCGCUGGCCGCGCUGCUGCAAGACGGCCGCGCCCACCCGGACCGGUGGUACAAGCUCCACUCCAAGCCCGGCAAGAAGGAGAAGGAGCGGGGCGAGAUCCAGCUGAGCCUGCAGUUCACCCGCCCCACCCUGACGGCCAGCAUGUUCGACCUGUCCGUCAAGGAGAAGCCGCGCUCGCCCUUCCGGCGGCUGAGGGACAAGAUGACGGGCAAGCAUCGCUACGACCUGGACUCCUCCUCCGCCAUCGUGCCCAGCAGCAGCGGGGCCCUGGACGAGGACCUGCGGCUGGGCCCCCCCAAGGAGAAGGCCCGGGGGGGCUUCUUCUUCAGGAGCCAGCUGCACCGCUCCUCCCUGACCGGCUCCAGCACCUCCCUGGGCUCCGCCAGCACCCUCUCCUCCGCCAGCAGCCUGGGGGGCCUGGGCAGCGCCGAGGGGGCGGCCUCGCCCAGCCGGCACAGCAGCCUCUCCACCGACCCUGCCGGAAGAGACUUUCUGCCCUCCCCCCAGCUGACCCACAAGAGGGCCUUCAGCGAUGACGUGGCCCAGAUCAACCUGCUGCCAGAAGCCCUGCAGGGCCUGAGGCCCCCCAAAGACCCCUCCUCCUCCGGGUCCUCGCUCUGCAUCAAUGGGAGCCACAUUUACUGCGAGGAGCCCUCCCCCAAGCCCUCCUUCCUCUCGCUGGCCCCCCGUCCUCCCACCCAGAGCGAUCCCGGCAAGCAGGAGAGGGGCUCCUCGGUGGCCGGACCGCCUGCUGUUGAACCAGACCUGCCGCCCUGGGCUGCCAGCAGUUUCCAGAAAGGACCCCCGAAAGAUCUCCCCCGGUUCAUCCCGUCGCCCCCCAUUUUGGCGGCGCAGGAAGAAGACAAGCUGUCUGUGAAGACCAUCGCCCUGAACAAGCAGCGGGUCCGAGCCAGGAGGGAGGAGGGCCUGCAGGCCGAGAGCCAGCCCGUUCCCAUGGCUGCCCCCCUGGCCUUCCCCCCGGAGGUCAGGAGGGUGAGGCCUCAGGACAAGAGGGGCCAUCGUGGGGACGGCAGGGGCCAGAGCCCCGAGCCCGGGUCGAGUCUGGAGGCUGCAGCUGGAGGGAAAGAAGAACCUCGGAGCGGCUGGAUCUACCAGCAAGAUCCCAGAGAGCCGAUUCGAAAGCCCAGUUCCCAGCCUGGCCUGCCUGCUACUCCAGAGCUCGCCAAGGACCCCGGGGUGGUCUCUGAGGCUCAGGGCCUCCCUCCCUCCAUCCAAGCCGGAGAAGCGCAGCCCGAGCCCCCCACCCCACCUGCCAGCCACCUUCAGCCAUCGCCGCCUGCUGCCGUUGCUGCCGUUCCUGCGCACCCACCCGUGGAAGGGGACGAUGGCUUUGAUGCCUUUGCCGCCAGCCGCCUUCAGCCAGCCGCUCCUGGGCCCGCACCCCCUCCCACCACGGAGCCCCUGGGCCCAGCAGGGGGGGCAGCUGGUCUCCCCCCACAGCAGGAGGAAGGGCCCCCCAGCCCUGACAGGGUCUCACUGGAGACUCCGGACUGGCUGGGCUUCCCCUUUGGAGACAGAGGCCGGGCCUGGAGUGGGUCUGGGGAGGCCUUGCUAGUGAGGGGGGCAUUCGGGGAGGGAGCGAACUCUGCCCCCAAAGCAAGAGGCCUCCGAGAGGAGCGGGCCCAAGGGGAAGCCGCCCGUGGCCAGAGUGUGGUGCACCUGGGCUCCUCUGCGCAGACAGUACCUGUUGCCCCAGAAGAAGCGCUCAGCUGGACACCGGAGAGCUGCCCAGGCAACCGGACCAUCCCGUCCUUGGCUGACCCCUCCUCGGAGCAGCUGGACUGGGGCCGAGAGCAUCAGACGUUGCCCCGAGGCCAGCCGACCCCCGACGCUGAAAGCAGCGAGCCCUCUUGGCUGCCGUGGGACCCCGAGAGGGGAGAGGACGUGGGGGCCGAGGGGGCCGCCCCGAUCAACCGAGGCCCUGCCCAGGAGGAGCAAAGGGGGCCAGCACAGACUGAGGUGCCGAGGGGGCCAGGGACCCCUCCUCCAAAGCCAGCAAGGAGGGUCCCCCCUCUCCAGCUCGCCGAGGAAGCCAGUGGGGCUGGUUGGGGCACGCCGGAGAGUCCACAGCUGAGAAAGGCAGACCUGGAGCCCCACCAGCACUUCCCUCCGGUGGGGGCAGCUGGUUCCCCUCCAGCGGCUGCUGUCUCCCUGGUGCCAGCAGUGAUCAUUGGAGCCGGCGUCUCGGGGGGGCCCGAGGACCUCCCACUGGCCCUUGCAGAGGGCGAGGCUCGGGGGGAUGAUGAGCGGGGGGCCCAGGAGGCAUCUUCAGGGGACACCAUCUUGGCCACGAACGAGGGGCCCAGCGAGGAGGCCCUGCCAUUCUCCACCUGCUCCUCCCAGCUCUCCUUGGGCGGAUUAGGCCUCUCGGGGGUCCCUGAGAGUCCCAGGCAGGAUGGGGAGGCCGGCUUUGCCCCCUGGGGGCUGGAGGGUGCCUGGCCGAUGGGGCUGCCCGGGUCGGCCUCAUUGUGGAGCUCAGAGAGAGUCCUCCAGCCCCCUGAGCCCCCCCAGGGACCCCCCGAGCCCCCCCAGGGACCCCCCAAGCCCCCCCAGGGACCCCCUGAGUCACAGGUUGAGCCCAGCCCGUCUCUGCCGUUCUGGUCCGCCUUGGAAGAGCAGCGGGGGCUGCUUGGAGGGGGCUCCAGCUUGGAAACCCUGUCCGGCCUGGGGCAGAGCGAUGUGGCCCCUGGGCUGGCCCCCUUGCAGCCAGAGCACGAGCCGGACCUCCCCUCAGGAUUGCCCCACGACCAAGCCAUGGAUUUCCGGAAGGCUUCUUUCUGGCAGGAGGGCCGGGGGCAGCCAGAGAGCGAGCACGAGGACCCUGCGCUGACCCCAGGCAACCCCUUUGCCCCCUGGGCCGCCCCCUCGCCACAGAAGAACCCCUUCGUGGAGGUGCCUGCUGCAGAGGCCCCCUGGGCUCAGGCUGCCAUCCUUCCGCUCUCCCCCACAGUCGACACCCAGGGCCCCGGGGGGGUUCCUGCAGCGGCCAGCCCUCCCAGGCAGCUCCAUUCUCACAGCUUCUCUGCGGAGCUCCCGGGGGCCCCCAGCUGGCCCGGCCCCCGGCCCUUGGCCUUCUCCACCCCUUAUUUCCAGUCCCUCCCAAGCCCCACGGACUGCCCCCUCCCUUCUGCCCUGAGGCCCCCAGCCACCGGUGGAGGGGCUGCAGCGGAUGGCCAGAGCGGAGGCCCCCCGUUCCCCUUGCUCUCGCCCCCCAGCACGGACGCCUCGGCUCCUUCAGUCCUGCCCGUGGAGAUGCUGCUGGCUCAAGACGCCCCACGCCAGCAAAUGGCCAGUCCACACCCAGUCAAGCCCAUGAGAAGCACGCCCGCCCCAGAGUCCCCACACAAGGAGGAGCCCUUCCAGGCUUGCAGUCCGAGCCCCGUCAAGGCGGCUGGCCAGGAGCGCCUCGUGCCCAAGUCUGCCAUUGGUGGGAGCUCUGCGGGCUCUGUAGUACAGCUGGAGAAGACGGAGCCCAAACAGGGCCCCCCUGCCAAGUACCACCACCUGACACGGGAGGAGCUGCUCCAGCUUCUGCUGCGACGGGAGGCCGAGCUGGGCAAGAAGGAGCAGCAGGUGCAGGAGCUGGAGAGCUACAUCGACCGGCUGCUGGUGCGCAUCAUGGAGCAGUCGCCCACCCUGCUGCAGAUCCCCCUCGGGGAGGGGGCCAAGGCCACCCAGUAGCCUCCCCCAUCGGGAAUGCCUCGCCCACUCCUGCCUGCCUGGGUUUGGUUCCCUUCCUUUGGCGCAGAUAGCAGCCCCCCCCCCCGCCCCAGGAUGCCCAGCUUCCUCACUUCCCCCACCCCCGGCAGCGGGUCUCUGGGCUUGUUGGCAUCACAGACUUUUCUUGGCCGAGGGGCGGCCCUGGGAACCUCCUGGCCCUUUGCAGACUUUGUCACCUCAAACACCCUGCCGUCAGGUGGCUUUUGCCGCCCUCUUAUGCCCCCCUCCCCUCAAGCCGAAAUGGGAGUCUGCAUUGGGGGGCGGGUGAAGGGAAGGGCACCGGUGGCUGGCCCAGAAAAAACUGCCUGGGUGGACAGCUCCUGGGACACACGCUUUUCCUUGCUCCAUGAGGGCUAGUGUCUUCCUCUUGAUUUGAGAAGUGUUGAAGGUGGUGCCAGCACACAGCACCUGCCAGCACACAGCCGGAUCCUCCCUGUGCCGUCUCCUGGGGGCGCUCUGCCUGCCCCAGAGAAGUACCAAGGGCUGGCUGUGCAUGCCCAAACCAUCCACAUCUGUCCUCUUUCUGCAUCUUCCACUUGGCCUGGAGCGUCACCCUAACAGAAGAAGGGGCAGCUGCCUGAAGUAAUAAGAAAAACGUGCCUUUUUGACACUCCCACCUCCCAAAAUUUGGCCUGCAUGUGAGGAUAGGCACUCCCCUUAUUUACUGACCCCAGAAGUCUCACAGCCAGGAGAGGCUGGUUUUAAGGCAGGCACAAAUGCUUGGAAGUCGGGAGGAAUGCCUUAGCUCCUGGGGGGCAGUUGGGGGGGGGUUGAUCCCUGGUCCCCUUGGAGCAUCCUAUACCAGGGUUAGGCAACCUUGGCUCUUUUAUGACUCGUGGACUUCAACUCCCAGAAUUCCUGAGCCAGCCUGGCUCAGCUUGGAAACCUCUCCCUUUCCCCUCAGCAUGGCUGGCUCAGGAAUUCUGGGAGUUGAAGUCUACGAGUCAUAAAAGAGCCAAAAUUGCCCACCCCUGGUCUAGAGGUUUCAGGCCCUUCCUGGUAGCCUGGCUCCCUUGCCAAGAAGGCUUGGGGGGGGGGGGCUACUGAAGGCCUGAAGCAAGGCAACCCCGAUGCCCAUCACCACGAGGGAAGUCAAACGAAAGGAAGCCCCUAACACCACCACCCCCAGUCCACCCUCAGGAAAUGGCUGGGCAAGGAGGCUCCCCAGAUCUUUGUUCGUCCUGUUUCUGCCAAAUGUUUUCACUGCUUGCCCCUUAAGCACUGGGUGCCUGGUGCUGCUGAGUCUGGAGGGGGGGACAGGUGAGGGGGCACCACCGGAUGCUUUCAGAGCGUGGGCAGGGCUGGCGAUCCUAGGCUGAGAUUGGUGUCUGUCACCCUUGAGCCUGCAGUGAGUGCCCCCGCCUGGACUGCCAUCUCGAAUUGCCGGCCAUCUCUUGAGUGGACCCCGUCUCGGAGACCUUGGCUGGACGUGGCCUGCCUUUGCUUUGGUGAGGCUCCCAGUGUAGCCCCCCCCCCUCACCUCUGGAAGUAGCCACAUAACUCCCCCCCUCCCGUGGGAAACUUUUUCCAUUGCAGGCUCCGCCUUGUCCUGCGUGGCCUCUGGAAGGAAGGGGGGGGCUCAUGUUAAGUGCUGUUGAUGAUGUUUAAUAAAAGUUUUGAUUCUUUCCUGUUUUAAGCACUUUAAAGACAAAAUAAAAAUAGUUGAAUUGUU